AUGACAACCCGAACGAGAUCCUCCGAGGGGUGUUGGACCUGCCGACUCCGCCGCAAAAAGUGCGACGAAACCAGGCCGGUGUGCGAGGGCUGCAGCACGCUGGGGAUCGACUGCUUGUACAGCGAGGAAAAGCCACAGUGGAUGGACGGCGGGGAUUGGCAAAAGGCAAGAGGGGAGUGGGUGAAGCAGGAGAUCAAGAGGGUUGCUGCCCAGAGGAGGGAGAAGAGGUACAUGAAGGAUUUGGAGUCCGGUGUUGGGGAGAUAGGGUUGGAUAUGGGAAGGGUUGAGGUUGGCGUCAUCACGACGGGGACACUGCAGCUACUAUCUGGUGUUAGUGUUGGUGGUGGUGAUGGUGGCGACACUGUUGGGGGGGUGACAAUACUACCAGAUGGCGAGAAGGGUAGCGGGAUGGGCGUUGAAACCGACAAUAUCCCAACCGGCGCCACAUCAACCGACACCACCGCCAUUGCGACACCUUGCUCCUCCUCUAGUCCCCCGCCUUCAAAUAUCCCGUCCCGUCAUCAACAAACUGACAGCGCUGACCCAGAUGGAGAAGACCACACCGGCAUCCCCGCCUCCGAGCGCGACGCCCACAGAACAAUGUUCUACCUCGACUACGUCUUCCCCUUCCUCUUCCCUUUCUACCGCCCUACCCUCCUCGACUUUGGUCGCGGCUGGUUGCUCGUCCUGCUACAGCGCAACCAAGCCCUCUUCCACGUCGCACAGACAAUGGCGGGGUACUUUUACGGUAUCAUCCUCUCCAGCGAAGACAACAAAGAAGACGUCCCCGAGCUGUGCAAGAGCCAUAAUUUUGACGCCAUCCAACGGGAGCAGGAGUUGGGGCUGCAGUGGUUAAGAAGGGCGAUUCAGGGGGUCGUCGACAAAGGUGUGGAAGGGCAUCUCAAGGAGGCGAGCGAGGUGGUGGCCUGUAUUGUUCAGCUACUGACGAGCGAGGUCGCGGUAGGGAAUGGAUGGAAUUGGAGGGUGCAUCUUGAUGCGGCGGCGCAGUUGUGGGGUGAGACGUGGAGGUUUCAUGGGAUCGGAAGGGUUGAUGUGGGAGGGGAGGAGGGAGAGAGGGAGGUGGUGUGCUUUAUGAUGUUGCUUUUACAGCUGGGCACGAAUCCAAAGAGCUUUACCCCGAUGGGGCAGCCUUGGGGCACGGGGCAGGCUACGUUGCGGUUUUUUAGCGCGCAGUUGUUGUUUUUGGAUGUGGUGGGGAGUACGGCUUUGGGUGAGGGACCGAGGUUGCAGAGGUGGCAUGGGCAUUUGUUGGAUACUAUCGGGAGGGAAGAGUUGGAACGGAUUGUGGGGGUGAAGGUAAAGGAGAAGGAGAUGGACUUGCCGCAUUUGAAGUUGGUGGAGUUUAUUGGGUUGGAGAAUUGGGUUGUGGUGGCUGUUGGGCAGGUUGCUGCGCUGGAUGGGUAUAAGAAGGAGAGGAAGAGGAUGGGGGCGUUGUCGGUGACGGAGUUGGUCGAACGGGCGAGGGUGAUUCAGAGGAGGAUUCGGGAUGGGUUGGCGGGAUUGGGAGAGCCGGAGGUUAAACAUGCUUGCCCAUCCAGCGGGCCUGUGCCGAAAGACCAUCCACUGUUGCAUUUCACGGCACAGGGCAUGAUUUCACCUCAAUCUAUGCACAGUACUGCUGUACAUACGAGAAUCUGGGCUCAGGCAACGUUGACAUAUCUCCAAGUGGUCAUUUCUGGGUGGCAGCCAGCAAGUCAGGAGAUACACCACUCGGUCACAGAGACUCUUAAUCUGAUGCUUUAUUGCGUUCCAGCACCAGCCUGUCUCAGAGUAUUGGUUUGGCCAUUCACUGUUACCGGAUGUCUGGCUGCUCCAGAACAGGAGCAAAUAUUCCGGGAUAUGGUCGCCGCCAUGGGGUGCUUGAGGAAUUUUGGCACCAUCAAAGAGGGACUGGCCAUCAUGGAGCACGUAUGGGCAAACCGGGCCCAGAUCGAGCAAAAUGCAGACCAGUGGGAUAUCGCCGCAUGUUUAAGUUGUCUGGGUCAGCCUUCGCUCCUGAUCUGA